AUGAUGAGAGUUCUGUUGAGUGGAAUCUGUCGGCUGUACACCAGCCGAUCAUCCUACAGCUACUGUGUUCAGCUCUGUCACGGCUCUCAUUCCCUACGGCUGGUGUCUGAAUGGGGCUUCGAGGCGAACCUAUUGACGAUAGUGGUCCUUUUCCUAGAGAAUUGCGGCCUUUCCAAAUGUAUAUCCCACUACAUGGUUGCCAUGGCAAUGGCAGAUCUCCUGGUGAUGCUGUUUUGUAUAAUCGCGCAUAUCGUCAUGUACCAGUUUCCAUUCACCUUCCUGUCCUACACGUCCGCCUGCAAGGUCGUCCUGUACUUCAUGUCGACCAGCCUACACACCUCGGUCUGGUACACUGUCCUGUUCACAGCCGAUCGGUUUGUAGCGAUCUGUUAUCAGAAACUGAAAGAGAAAUAUUGCACAGUGAGGACAGCUGUUGCCGGCAUUAUAACGGUGCCGCUCCUGGUGCAUUUACAGAGGGUCCCAUAUCUAUUUCAGUCUAAACCUGUGAUUACAGUUAAAGGUAUUCAUUGGGGUUGUCAGAUGAGUUCGUGGUUCAUGACGUCUCUUGUGGGAGUCGCAUUCUCCAUUCUGCAGAUUAUUUCAACGUUUAUAAUACCUUUUAUUCUGAUAGCCCUGUUUAACUGCCUGACAGUGAGGCGCAUUUUAGUAGCCAGUAAAGUGCGCCGAGAACUGCGCGGUCACAGCAGUCAAACACAGAAGGAUACGGAGAUGGAAGGCCGCCGGAAAUCCAUCAUUUUACUCUUUAGUGUGUCCGGCAGUUUCAUUCUGUUGUGGCUGACGGUCACUAUAAGUUUUCCGAUCACCGGACUCACAGGAACCGCGCAUUACGACGGCGAUUACACCGACCCUGCAUUUGUCGCUACUGAAGCCGGCUACAUGCUCAUGUAUCUGAGUUCCUGCACGAACGCCUGCAUUUAUACAGCGACCCAGGCUAAGUUUAGAGAAGAAAUGCGGCUGUUGUUAAAAUCUCCUUGGACCCUGUUUUUAAUAUUGGUUAAAAAACACAGUUAA